CUUUCGAUCUCGCCCCAACCCGCAGCGUCCUCCCGCACUACACGAGCUCUGAGGAGGGCGAGAUGUCUCCGGCGGCGGCGCCGCUCGACGACGAAAACCUACUCUCGGAGAUCCUCCUCCGCCUCCCCCCGCUGCCGUCCACCCUCCCCCGCGCCUCCCUCGUCUGCAAGCGCUGGCGCCUCCUCGUCUCCGACAUCCUCUUUUUCCGCCGCUUCCGCGAGCACCACCGCCACAGCCCUCCCCUCCUCGGCUGCUUCGUCGAGGGCGACCGAUGCGUCUCCUACACGCCCACCAUGGAUUCGCCCGACCGUAUCCCCGGCGAGCGCCUCUCAUUGCAGCUCAUCGAAACCUGCCACUCCUCGGUCCUCGGCUGCCGCCACGGCCUCGUGCUCAUCUCCCCCGAUUCACGGAAUCACGUCCUGGUGUGGGACCCCGUCACCGGCGAUCAGCACCACAUUGCUUUCCCCCCGGGGUUUGUCGGGGUCGCAAACUCGAUCCACGGGGCGGUGCUUCGUGCCGCCGGCGAGGCCCGCCACUUCCAGGUGAUCUUGGUAGGGGUUGGCGGGGAAGACAAGCAACAUAUGCGAUUGCUCGCCCGCGUUUACUCGUCGGAGAAAGGCGCCUGGGGUCCUCUCAUCUCACCACUGGUUCCAUUUGAGGGAUAUACUACGAAGGGUAUUUUCAGCAUGUAUGUUUUCGGCUUGUCGUCUGUGCUGGUUGGGAAUUCCCUUUACUGGUGUCUUGGUGGGCGUUCGGAUGCAAUUCUCGAGUUUGAUUUGGAGAGGCAGAGCCUAGCUGUGAUCCGAGUACCACCGUGUCUGUCUAAAGUGGACCUUCUCCAAUUCGCGGUUAUGCGGGCAGAGGGUGGUGGACUGGGAUUACUCUCCAUAUUAGGCUUCACCGCCCAAUUAUGGAAGAGAAAGACUGGUUUUGAUGGUGUUGCAUCAUGGGGGGUGGCAACAACUAUUGAACUGGACAAGCUACUUUCCCUGAAUCCAGAGAAGGAGAGAGUGCAACCCCUGAUAGAAGGGCUUGCCGAGUACAAUAAUGUGGUUCUCCUGACUACAGGUGGUGAUGCUGUCAUCAUGCUGCAGCUUGAGUCACUGCAAUUCAAGAAAUUUUAUGAGACUCCCAACGCAUUUUAUCAUCAUCAAUUCGAAAGUGUGUAUUCUGCAGGGACAAGCAUUGGUGGUGGACAUGAUGGAGCUGAAUUUUUGCACAGUACAUAAGAUGAUUGUCUGGGUAGAUAUAUCACUAUGAUUUUUGGUUGAGCAGGUACCUAGAGUUGUAUUCUGGCUGCUGAGAUGCAGGAAUUGGCUUCUUUGCUGUGGGUCCGUCCAUUUUGUAUGCUUCAGACGGAGAUAUCGACCCCCUACGUUGCACGCAUGGUCAACUGGGAAGUGGAAUUGUAGGAUUAAUCGUUCAUUUCUAACUUACCUCUGUUAUCUAAGUUCUAGUCACAAUUAGCCAACUGGCUUGUUGAAGAUGUACACUUGCUGAGAUGAUCCUGGCUUACGUCGUGUGUGUUCAUCGUCUCUCUGUUUCCGUUUGAUUAUGUUACUUGUUGUAAUAGGCCGGGAGAUUUGACGUAAUAUUCUUGCUUAUGUCCAUUGCGUGUGCCUGUUGAA